AUCGGGGUAGCCAUAGCCACAGAACUAAUGGCUUAUCUUCUUCUCCGCCACUCACUGUCCCAUUUCUGCUUAUACAAUCCCCACAACAAUGUCUUCUCUACCUCAACUGGUUAAUUUCCUUCUCAGCCAUGGCCGCCGCAAUUUCCUUUACAAUCACUAACCCUUCUCUCUGUUCUCAACUCUCUAAACCCGUUUCUAGAUUUGGGGCUCGCCGUCUCAGAAUCAUGGCUGCGGCUACCGGAACUAAGGUGGUGCCUGCCGUGAUUGUUGGAAGUGGCCGCGUUGGGAGGGCGCUGCUGGAUAUGGGAAACGGCGAAGAUGUUUUGGUGAAGAGAGGCGAGUCGGUGCCUCUUGAUUUUUCGGGUCCGAUUCUUGUGUGUACAAGAAAUGAUGAUCUUGAGGCUGUUCUUGAAGCUACUCCUCGAUCGAGAUGGAACGAUUUGGUUUUUUUCCAGAAUGGAAUGCUGGACCCUUGGUAUGAAAGCAAAGGUCUAAAGGAUGCUAAUCAAGUGUUAGCAUAUUUUGCUAUCUCAAAGCUCGGAGAGGCUCCAGUGGAUGGAAUAACAGAUACCAAUCCUGAAGGACUGACAGCAGCGUACGGAAAAUGGGCAUCUGCCGUAGCAGGAAGGCUCAAUGCUGCAGGCCUCUCCUGUAAGGUUCUUGGUAAGGAAGCAUUUGAGAAACAAAUGUUGGAGAAGCUGAUUUGGAUUUCUGCAUUUAUGCUUGUUGGAGCACGUCAUCCAGGUGCCACAGUGGGUGCUGUGGAGAAGGAUUAUCGCUCUGAAGUUUCUAGUCUCAUUGCAGAACUCGCAUGCGCAGCUGCAGCUGAAAGGCAGUUGGUGUUCGAAGAAGGUAUAGAGGAAAGAUUAUGUGCAUAUUCUCGGGCUGUCGCUCACUUCCCGACUGCAGUAAAAGAGUUCAAGUGGCGAAACGGGUGGUUCUAUUCUCUGUCUGAAAAAGCCAUUGCUGCAGGAAAACCUGACCCUUGCCCCCUCCAUACUGCUUGGCUUAAGGAGCUGAAGGUUGUCUAGGAAUGACCCUGUAUUGCUAUUAAGUGGAUUUCCUGUUUCACAACCGUUGGCUAAUUCAAGUGAAAACGUUUUUCCUUCCUUUGAGAAGUAGAUUUUGUACCUAUAUUCAUCCUAAUCUAGAAAUCAGCUCUUUCUGCUGGUGAUAGAGGAAGUCAUCACCUGUACCAUCCUGAAUUUAUUGACAGAAAAAUGGAUCGAUAAUGUUAUGAGAUUCAAGGGAAGUGAAAAAUAAAAAGGAAACUUCAAAUUUAAGUAA